UGACGACGUCGGGGCCAGCGCCUGCGACCUGCGGGUGGGCGGAGCGGACGUUGCGGUGGCCGGCCGUGGCCAGUGGGGCUCUGCGGCCUGCCCUCCUGGCCCCUGCUCCGUCUGUUUCCUGUUGCACACAGCAUCUGCAAUUCUAAGGGUCGGUUUAGAAACUCAAAUCCACUCGAUUUAAGUUUUCAAAUUAACUUAAGGUGUGUAAAUUAGGAUUUUGAAAAUAGAGGGCAGAGCGGCAGACAUGAAAGGACAAUAGAGGGACUAGGCCCUAGGGUAGUCCGGUCCAGGCAAAUAGAGGGCAUACAUGAAAGGACAAGAGGAUAAAAGGAUCACGCUCUCACUAGCAGCAGCAGCAGGCACCGCCUACCCUUCGUCCUCGACGUCGACGCCCCUGCUCAUCCUGUUUCUGUUCCAGCUUGUACCGCUCGAUUGCUGGUGUUGUCUCUCUUUCUAGCGACCAAGCUCCUCAUGUCGCUUGGCAAAACAGACAUGAGUCAGGAGCGCCUGUACCACCAAGACCGCAUGGACGUGCCGCCCGUCCACUUCAGCACGCCGCCGCCGCCGCCAUGCCAGCAGCAGCAGCAGCACGGCGGACACGGUGAGCAACAGAAGCUGGAGCGCUUCUCCGAUGAGGUUGAUAGCCGCUUGAGCGCCGAGCAGAAGGAGCCCGCCAGUGGUGGGGCACUGGUGGUGUCGGUGUCGGGUGGCGGCGACGGGGCGAGCAUCGAGUUGUCCAAGAAGCGGAGGGGCCGCCCCCCGGGGUCCAAGAACAAGCCGAAGCCACCCGUGGUGAUCACGCGGGAGGCGGAACCCGCCGCCGCCAUGCGGCCCCACGUGAUCGAGAUCCCUUGCGGCUGCGACGUGGCCGACGCGCUCGCGCGCUUCGCGGCACGGCGGAACCUCGGGAUCUGCGUGCUCGCGGGCACGGGCGCCGUCGCUAACGUGUCGCUCCGCCAUCCGAUGCCCUGCGGCGGGGGCGGCGCCCCGACCGCCAUCAUGUUGCACGGGCAGUACGAGAUCCUCUCCAUCUCCGCCACGUUCCUUCCCCCCGCCAUCUCCGCCGUGGCGCCGCAGGCCGCCGCCGCCGCCGCGUGCCUCUCUAUCUCGCUGGCUGGGCCGCACGGGCAGAUCGUCGGCGGCGCCGUGGCGGGCCCGCUGUACGCCGCGUCCACCGUCGUCGUCGUCGCGGCCGCCUUCACGAACCCCACCUUCCACCGCCUCCCAGCGGACGACGACGCGUCUGUCUCCGUCUCCGUCUCGCUCUCCGCCGGCAGCGGCGACCCGGCGGACGAGCACCGAGGUGGCCACCAGCACCCCGUCCCCGUGGAGCCGCCGCCGCGAGAGCGUCAUCGCCCUCACGUCGUACGACGCAAGCCCGCGCCGCACCUUGCCUCCGCAGCGCCGUCUGUGGAGCCGUGCGGCCCACCGGCUGCACCCAUCUACGCCGCUUGCCACCCGCAGCCGCAAGACGUGAUGUGGCCGCCGCCGAACCGCGCGCCGCAUCCGCCGCCGCCGCCUUACUGAGCGCGCGCCCGGUGAUCACGCGUCUACCACUGCAUUCACUACAUGUAAGCAGGUUAGUGACUCGACGGUGCGCGCUCCCGCGCUCCAUCUACAUUGACCUUAGCUGCUCCUAGGGUUUAACACUCUCUUUGCUCGUUGUUCUACAUUACAACAAGAUCGCACACUGCUGCUAUUGGUUUCUUUCAAACUGCUCCGUAGUAUUUGUAAGUUGUAACAAGCAGCGCGUGAGUUUUUGUGAUCUUUUUCGGUGAUUGAAAUCUAAUUAACCGGACUGGGACAGUGAAAUUUAGUGUCAACGUGCGACUAUUUGAUGUUUUUUCACUCACUUCUGAAUUAAAACUAGGCGAUAAGUAACAUACCGCU